UCAACCAAUGGCGCUCUGCCCUCGCGACAGGGAUGUGUGGGCUCGGUUAUGGCGCUGCUGUGAAGUUGUUGGAAACGGGCAAGCCCAGGAAGCAGGAUUUUAACACUACUACACAGGCUAAAGCUCCGGGCUACCAGCUCGAGUGGGAACAAGUCAGCGAAUGAGUCGGAUUUUGUAACACACGCACCUUUCCGACGGGGAAAUACACGCGACGGCGGAUUUAGAUUGUGGUUUUUAAAAAAGUUGCUCUGUCUGUGAGAAAUAAGAGUGACCUCGGGCUGAGAAAAGGCAUGUAUUGCAAGAGUUAGAUUGAGGACUGACACCCCUCGAGCUGUUUUUUGUUUUCAACUGAGGUGAAAGUCGGAUCUGUCACCAUGCCUGCCAAAACAAAGUAUAAUUUAGUCGAUGAUGGACACGAUUUACGGAUUCCUUUACACAACGAGGAAGCAUUCCAGCAUGGGAUUAAUUUUGAGGCAAAGUAUAUCGGUAGUCUGGAUGUGGCUCGACCCAAUAGCCGUGUGGAGAUUGUUGCGGCCAUGAGGCGAAUAAGGUAUGAAUUUAAGGUGAAAAAUAUCAAAAAGAAAAAAGUCAACAUCAUUGUGUCUGUGGAUGGGGUAAGAGUAGCGCUUCGGAAAAAGAAAAAGAAAAAAGAAUGGACCUGGGAUGAAAGCAAGAUGAUGGUGAUGCAGGAUCCAAUUUACAGGAUAUUCUACGUAUCGCACGACUCUCAAGAUCUGAAGAUCUUUAGUUACAUAGCUAGAGACGGACAAAGCAAUGUGUUCAGAUGCAACGUCUUCAAAUCAAAGAAAAAGAGCCAAGCUAUGCGGAUAGUCCGAACGGUGGGUCAGGCUUUUGAGGUUUGCCACAAACUUAGCCUCCAGCACACCCAGCAAAACGCAGAUGGCCAGGAGGAUGGUGAUGGUGACAAGACCUGCACAGACUCCGAAGUACCAGGGCGGGAACUGACAGGGGCCGAAAAGCCAACCGCAGAGGAAACGGACAUUGAUGCAGAGGAACUGCCCCUCCCCGACAGCACAAUGGACGAGUUCAGUCGUGGGGUCACCGACCUGGAUGCCGCCAAGAAAGAGGAAGAUUUAACCAAGGACAAAAAGCCCUCUGAGGAGCCCAACAUCCUGCUGGCUUCCCCCAAGCUGCUGCUUCCCUCAGGCAGUCAGCUCCCAGCGAGCACCCCCCUGUCUGUGCAUCACCAGCUUCAGCUACUCCAGCAGCAGCUCACACAACAGCAGCAGCAGACACAGGUGGCCGUCGCCCAGGUUCAUCUGCUGAAGGAUCAGCUUUCUGCAGAGGCUGCGGCGAGGAUUGAGGCUCAGGCUCGGGUUCACCAGCUGUUGUUGCAGAAUAAAGACCUGCUGCAGCAUAUUUCUCUCCUGGUCAAACAGGUUCAGGAGAUGGAGCUCAAACUGGCAGGACACGGCUCAAUGGGAUCUCAAGACAGUCUCCUGGAAAUCACCUUCCGUGCCAACGUGCCCCCAGUCCUGUGUGACCCCACCACCCCGAGACCAGAACACAGCAUCCUUCCUCCGCUCAACGAUGGGACGCAGCUGUCCCUGCCACUGGGCAGUCCUAUAGGUAGGGACCAGUGCUUGGUCAAGUUUGAGUGUUUUCGCUUUCUACCCGGACCGCCCCAACAGGAGCAGAGCCCCGACCCUUCGUCCCAAGAGGCGUCGCCCUCAUCGCGGGACGAGCUCCUAGGCAGCCUGGAGCUGCUUAGGUUCCGUGAGUCGGGAAUCGAGUCCGAGUUUGAGUCGAACACGGACGAGAGCGAUGAAAGCUGGGGACAGCAAGACGAGAGUACCCUGCGCCUGUUCAAUGUGCUGAACAAGCACGGACCUCCUGACUGCUUGGAGGACGAAAUUGCUGUUUAGCGUGGUUUUUUUUUGCAGCUUAGCAAAACGCAAAUGCUUAAUGCCGUACUUUAAAGGUUUAAGUCUGUCCACCACUGUUUCCUACAUCUUGAAGAGCAAAUUGUCCCAAAGCGCAGAGUAAAUGCUUUUGUCUCAACAUUAAAUUGUAAGGACAACAGAUGUCAGGUUCUGCUUGUUGCUGUCUGAUCUCUAAUGGGACCCUGACACAUACAGCGAUUUUAUGUCUUUAGCUUUUUGCCUGGGUUCAGGGAUUGCCUUUUCAUUGUUUGUUGGUUCCUGCUGCCCGUUAUUGGUGGGCUGUAGGUGGCCAUAACAAGAAAUAAUCACAAAUGGCUUGCAGGUACAAAUAAGAUGUCAUUGUGAUUUAACAAGGAAAGUGCACAUUACAUGUAGCAGUGGAUAUAAUGCACAAAUUAUUUUUUCGUCAUGAUUUUAAUAAUAUAUCUGCAAGUGGCCAAAAACAAAUAUAUGGAAAAAAUAAAUAUUGUCAUAAUACAGUACUUUACAUUUCAGUAUGUCACAAUUUUUUCUCUUUAACCUUAUUAUUGGGUUAAAUUAACCUAGAAAAUAUCCAUAAUUGUCACACCCAGGGACUGAAACAACCCAGCAUAGGUUCAGUUUUUUACCCAUCCAUUGGUUGAAAUAAGCCAGAAUGUUUUAAGUUUAUAACACUACAUGAAACAAUGGGCUGAACCUCCUGUUGGUUGCCAUCGCAUCACAUUCUCAUUAAGGGCUGCAUAACAACUAAACGCAACUUGACGUUUGCAGAAUACGUUUUUUAUUUGUUAUUGUCAUAUAUGUGUGUGUAUUGUGUAUAAUAAUUAUUUAUAUACACUCACCUAAAGGAUUAUUAGGAACACCGUACUAAUACUGUGUUGGACCCCCUUUGGCCUUCAGAAUUGCCUUUAUUCUACGUGGCAUUGAUUCAACAAGGUGCUAAAAGCAUUCUUUAGAAAUGUUGGCCCAUAUUGAUAGGAUAGCAUCUUGCAGUUGAUGGAGAUUUGUGAGAUGCACAUCCAGGGCACGAAGCUCCUGUUCCACCACAUCCCAAAGAUACUCUAUUGGGUUGAGAUCUGGUGACUUUAGGGGCCAUUUUAGUACAGUGAACUAGCUUUGUAACAUGGUGCAUUAUGUGCAUGGUGCAGAAUGGGUACAUGGUGAUCAUAAAGGGAUGGACAUGGUCAGAAACAAUGCUCAGGUAGGCCGUGGCAUUUAAAAAUGCCCAAUUGGCACUAAGGGGCCUAAAGUGUGCCAAGAAAACAUCCCGCACAUCAUACCACCACCACCAGCAGCCUGCACAGUGGUAACAAGAUAUGAUGGAUCCAUGUUGUCAUUCUGUUUACGCCAAAUUCUGAUUCUACCAUCUGAAUGUUUCAACAGAAAUCGAGACUCAUCAGACCAGGGCACUUUUUUUCCAGUCUUCAACGGUCCAAUUUUGGUGAGCUCGUGCAAAUUGUAGCCUCUUUUUCCUAUUUGUGGUUGAGAUGAAUGGUACCCGGUGGGGUCUUUUGCUGUUGUAGCCCAUCCGCCUCAAGGUUGUGCGUGUUGUGGCUUCACAAAUGCUUUGCUGCAUACCUUGGUUGUAACGAGUGGUUAUUUCAGUCAAAGUUGUUCUUCUUUCAGCUUAAAUCAGUCGGCCCAUUCUCCUCUGACCCCUAGCAUCAACAAGGCAUUUUUUGGAUGUUUUUCCCUUUUCACACCAUUCUUUGUAAACCCUAGAAAUGGUUGUGCAUGAAAAUCACAGUAACUUAGCAGAUUGUGAAAUACUUAGACCAGCCCGUCUGGCACCCACGACCAUGCCACGCUCAAAAAUGCUUAAAUCACCUUUCUUUCCUAUUCUGACAUUCAGUUUGGAGUUCAGGAGAUUGUCUUGACCAGGACCACACCCCUAAAAUAAUUGAAGCAACUGCCAUGUGAUUGGUUGAUUUGAUAAUUGCAUUAAAGAGAAAUUUAACAGGUGUUCCUAAUAAUCCUUUAGGUGAGUGUAUAUAUAAAUACAUAGUGUGUAUGUGUGUGUGUGUGUGUGUGUGUGUAUAUAUAUAUAUAUUAUAUAUUAGGGCUGUCAAAUGAUUAAUCACGAUUAAUUGCAUACAAAAUGUAUAAAUUAAGUAAAAAAUGUAUAUAUAAUAUAAAUUAUAUCAAAAUCUAAAUAAAUAUAUAUAUAUUCAUGUAAAUACAUAUGUGCAUGUGUUUGUAUUUAUAUAUACAAAAUAAUUACACACAGUGCACACACAUAUAUUAUGCAAAAACAAACUAUUCUUUGGUAUGUGAUUAAUUGUGAUGAAUCUUUUGACAGCCCUAAUAUAUAUAUAUAAUUAUUAUUUUAUUCUGCAAACGGUUAGUUGCGAAUACGGUCGUUUUUAUGCAGCCCUAUUCUCAUUAUAUACAAUAUUUAUUUAAAGCACUUCUUAAGUCAUUGCAAAUCGCUGUAUGUGUGAAUGUCCCUUUAAAACUAUAUAAAGUAGUUGCAAGUAAUUGUUUUUAACAGCUAAAGAUAAAGUACAUCUAUAGAAAAUGAAAAACAAAGCAACAUAUUUUAUACAUUGUCCUGUGAUUCUGUAUUUAUCGCAUCGGUUUUGUACAGGGCAUGCACGCACUGAUGUGCAUUCGGAUCACCUUUCGUCUGAAGCGUUACAAAUGAUGAAAAUGAUCUAGCUUACAUUUGUUAUCAGCAUGUGUGAUAGAGCAGACUCUUCAUCGAAUGACUGGACUGAGGAUGCUAAGCUAAUUAUACCCUAAGGGUACAGGGCAUCUAACUAGUCAGAUAUUUACCAACGAGGACUCCAAUUAGUUUGCCAUGUCAAGGUUCUUUUAAACCCACACCUUUUUAUUCAUUCCUUUCACGCACGAAAGAGCUUGUCGUGUCUACAAUACCUCUGACUACAUCACACUUGGACUUUUGUAAACUUUGCUUUCUCGCAUUCACUGUUAUGUGCUUCUAAAAAGUGAUAUAUUUCUGUGUCCUGUAUCUCUCUGAUAAACUACUGGCCUCUUUAAACUCUCUCUUCUUAUUUUCCCAUUUUCCUCACGCUCUCUGUAUCUCCUUGUGCGCCCAGGGUCAUUUCAAAGCAGACAAGUGCCCGCAAUUAUACUGGUAAUAAUAGGGUGGUGAGUAAAUCUUCCCACGCAGGACACUGAAAGCACUCUCUGAGUUGGGUUUGUUCUCAAACAUUUGUGUUUUCCACCAUUUAUGCACUGAAACCAUUUUUCUUUCCACAAAGAAAUGAAGUAAAUCUCCCACAGCACUUAAAAAACUUUUUUUUGGUUGUUUCUAAUGAUGGAUUCAUGACCAAUGUCGUUGUCUUGCAACAGGUCUUGAGGCCAAGGCCUCGCUGUGAGCUUUGUUGCUUUGUUUCUAAAUCCCCUUAAGACAAAGUGUGUUGAUGUCAGAACACAGUAAAUCAUUACUUUUUCUUCACCAUUUUCAAGGACACAGAACGUUUUUUUAUUUGUGGUGCUUGCUAAGAUUAGCAUUACCAUGACUACAUAAGUAUGCAACUCAUCUUGUUUUUGUACCAUGAGUUAUUGCUUUUCUCGAAGUGAAAAACUUG